AACACAUCUUUACAUUUCCUCAAACCAACCGAGAUCACAUCACACAACACACAACAGACGACACAAAAACUCCUGAAACUAGCGUCGGUACGCACCGAGAGCUUCUUCUGAAGAUGAGCGUGGAGAUCCUGGACGGGAAGACGGUGCAGAGCUUCGUGGAGGACGAGUGCGCCUUCAACGCCUCCGUCGACGGCCGCUUCGCGGCGCUCGAUGCCAACCACGACGGUCUCCUCUCCUACACCGAGAUGGCCGGGGAGAUCAUGAGCCUCCGGGUUCUCGAGAAGCACUUCGGUGUGGACGAGGCCGGCGCCGUUGGUCCCGACGAGCUCGCGAAGCUCUACCGCGGUCUGUUCGCGCGCUUUGACCGCGACGGAGACGGCGCGGUGGACCGCGACGAGUUCCGGGCAGAGAUGAAGGAGGUCAUGCUCGCCGUGGCCAACGGGCUCGGCUUCAUGCCGGUGCAGAUGGUGGUCGAGGAGGGGAGCUUUCUCAAGGUGGCCGUGGACCGGGAGCUGGCCAGAGCUGCCUGACCGAUUUUGUUUGUACUACUACGUGUGUAUGCGAGUAAGGAUAAUGUUUUUGUUUUAUCUUCAAAACGAGAAGUGAGUACUAAUGCUGAAGCCUCUAUGGCAUUCAGCUAUAUCUACGUGAUUGUGUAUUUCAUAGACGAAUUUGUCCCAUUAAUAAGUUAAUUUGUCGAUUAAUCCCUACUAAUAGGGCCACCGAUAGCCAAUAAAAUAGAUAAAUCAUCCGAUUAA